AUGGAUUUUACCAACGAUGAGUGUUUGCACAAGGUUGAAUCGCUUGUCGCAUCGUAUCCUGAGGAUUUAAAUUCAAAUGUUGCUGAUGAAUUACAACAAUUUCACCAGUAUGUUCGUUUGAAAAUGGAAAAAGAUCAAAGUAUUAGUGCGAAUUUCACUGAUGUUUACAAGAUCAUUGGGAAUGAUCAACUUCAAAUAGUGUUCCCUAAUUUGGAAAUCUGA